UAAGCUUUCAUAUGAUGUAGAAAGAAAUAGAGAUGAUUGAACUGAAGAAUGAAAGACGAUAAGUAGAUAGAUAGAUAGAUUAGAUAUAAAAACCCGACCGAACCCCCUUCAGACAGUCCAUCCGUCCAGUCCAACUGAACUUCUAUCCUCUUUUCCCUUCUUCUUCUUCUUCUUCUUCUUCUUCUUCUUCUUCGACUAAUCAAUCAGUUCAGUUGAGAAGCUGAGAAAUGGCUGCAGGUAGUACCGCCAUAAACUUUUCGACGCCUUGCGCCCUCUUUCCCUGCCAGCCUCUGUCUCUCGGUUUUUCUCGCAGCAGCUUCCACCGCCACCAGGCCGCGAAGAAUCAGAGACGCAGCACAAGAAGAGCUGCCAGUACUCCUGCAAUUACCGCGAAGCUGGAACUCAAGCCUCCUCCUUAUCCUUUGAAUGCAUUGGAGCCACAUAUGAGCCAGGAGACGCUCUCGUAUCACUGGGGAAAGCACCACCGCGGAUAUGUGGAAAAUCUGAACAAGCAAAUAACUGGAACCGAGUUAGAUGGGAUGUUGUUGGAAGACAUUAUCUUUCUUACUUAUAACAGGGGCGACAUUCUUCCACCAUUUAACAAUGCUGCACAGAUAUGGAACCAUGAGUUCUUUUGGGAAUCCAUGAAACCAGAUGGUGGAGGAAAGCCAACUGGCGAUCUACUAGAACUGAUCAAGAGAGACUUCGGUUCUAUUGACACAUUCAUGGAAGAAUUUCGAGCAGCUGCAUCGACACAGUUUGGUUCCGGGUGGGCUUGGCUUGCAUACAAAGCAAAUAGGCUUGACGUAGGGAAUGCAGUAAAUCCCAGUCCAGCAGAUGAGGACAAGAAGCUUGUCGUGGUGAAGAGCCCCAAUGCUGUGAACCCUCUUGUUUGGGACUAUUAUCCACUUCUGGUUAUCGAUGUCUGGGAGCAUGCUUACAUCCUUGAUUUUGAGGCUCGGCGAGCUGAUUAUAUCUCGAUCUUUAUGGAGAAGCUUGUGUCAUGGGAAGCUGUUGGCUCCAGACUAGAGAUGGCAAAAGCUCAAGCGGCUGAAAGAGAAAGCGAAGAACGGAGGAGACAAGAAGAAGAGGAAAAGAAUGCGGGUGAUGCUGAAGCAGUCGAGAUGUACCUGGAUAGUAAUUCUGAUGAGCCGGAGGCUGAUUGACUUAAUUUUUCUCCACCAUUUUUUGACCUUGAUGCGACAAAUUCUGUAAUCAUCCUUUUGUAUACUUGAGCAUAAUACAAAGUUUAGUUAGUGCAAAAUAAUUACAUUUACGCUAGUGUAAGCUGCCUUCACUUGGUGACUA